AUGGUGAUCACAAAAAAUCAACCAAUGUUAAAAAACAAAAAUAUUUUUAGUGAACUUUUGGAAGAUAUUGAAGAAAUUCUUCACGAGAGUCUUAACCCACAGGCUGAAUAUAUUCGAAGGCAUAUUAAAAAAUGGCGACAGGACCAUUUUUAUUUUGGAGAUCGAAAUUUAUACAGAGAUAAAUUCCUUAAUUCUCAGAUAGAAAAAAAUCCCGAAAAAUUUCCGCUUGAAACAACGAUGGACGAUUUGUUAGAAUUUAUGACCGACUUUGGACCAUUUUUGGAUUUGAGAAUGAAAAAACAGAAGAAAAAAUUUGUGGGUUCGAUUUUUUGUGUGUUCAAACAACUCGAAACUGCUCAAAAAUUUGUGGAUCUACAACAAGUCCUAUUCCGUGAUGUUCCGUUGUCCCGGAUUUACUUGUUUGUGCAAAUUUGUCUAUCAGUUUAG